GAGUACACAGAUCGAUCUCUUCCUGCUGCAAAUAGGAAAACACACGGAUCCAAAUCAACAACAUGGAGACCAUAACUCCAUCACCAUCGACCGACGACACGUCAGCAACAAUGGCGGAACUGCUGCCAUUAGCUUCCGUUUCUCAACAACCGUACGUCUCCGAACUCCUUUCCUUCACUCUCGAUCGCCUCCACAAGGAACCGGAGCUCCUCCGCGUCGAUGCCGACAGAAUUCGACGUCAGAUGCAGGAAGUUGCCGUCAAUAACUACCGCGCUUUCAUUUCCGCUGCCGAUGCUUUGGUUUCGAUCCGUAAUGAAGUCUCAUCCAUCGAUAAACACCUUGAAUCAUUGAUUGCAGAGGUUCCAAAACUAACAUCUGGCUGCUCUGAGUUCAUUGAUUCUGCAGAAAGUAUAUUGGAGAAGAGGAAGAUGAACCAAACACUGCUAGCAAACCAUAGUACUUUGCUUGACUUACUUGAAAUUCCUCAGCUUAUGGACACAUGUGUGAGGAAUGGAAAUUAUGAUGAAGCUCUAGACUUGGAAGCAUUUGUUAGCAAACUGUCGACAAUGCACCCAAAAUUACAAGUCAUUCAAGCCCUCGCUUCAGAAGUUCGACAAACUACCCAGUCUCUGCUCUCACAACUUCUCCAAAAACUAAGAUCGAAUAUUCAGUUACCAGAAUGUCUUCGUAUUAUUGGAUAUCUACGAAGAAUAGGAGUAUACAGUGAGUACGAAAUGCGCCUACAGUUCUUAAGAUGCAGAGAAUCAUGGUUAUCUGGAAUUCUCGAUGACCUAGAACAGAGAAACGCUUAUGAAUACUUAAAAGGGAUGGUAAACUGCCAUAGAAUGCAUCUUUUUGAUGUUGUCAACCAGUAUCGUGCCAUAUUUGCUGAUGAUACAUCAGGAAGCGAAGAGAAUUACGACGGUGGGCUUCUGUUCAGUUGGGCCAUGCAUCAGAUUUCCUCUCACCUUAAAACUCUCAAAAUCAUGCUCCCAAAGAUAACCGAAGGCGGUUCUCUAUCUAAUAUAUUAGAUCAGUGUAUGUAUUGCGCAAUGGGACUCGGUUGGGUCGGAUUGGAUUUUCGUGGCUUGCUUCCACCUCUCUUUGAAGAGGCUGUCCUGAACCUAUUUUCGAAGAAUAUGAGUACAGCAGUGGAGAAUUUUCAGUUGGUUUUGGAUUCUCACCGAUGGGUGCCACUGCCAGCAGUUGGCUUCUCAUCCAACAGCUUCGGUGAAGAAAGUCAGGAAGAUGUUACACCACCUCCAAAUUUAAUGGAGCAUCCACCGCUUGCUGUUUUCAUUAAUGGUGUAUCCGCUGCAAUGAACGAGCUACGGCCUUGUGCCCCAAUAAGUUUAAAACAUAUACUUGCUCAAGAAUUAGUGAAAGGGCUCCAGACCGUUUCGGAUUCAUUAUUGAGAUACAACACGACAAGGGUGCUUAGGGAAAAUGAAUCGGUUCUUUUCUUGUCUUUGUGUCGAGCAUUCAUAGAGGUGGCUUAUCCACAUUGUGCUACAUGCUUUGGACGUUGUUACCCUGGAGGAUCUUUACUUGUCACAGAUGGUAGUAACUUGUUUGAGGGGCUUACUCGUCUUUUGACAACAUCUUCGUCCAGACAAUUACCGAAAAGAGUUCAAAGUGCUGAGACAAAGAGUGUAUCAGAAAAUGGUAAUUCAACUGCAGUUGAAAAUGGAGGAGCAGUUGCAGAGGUUAAAGAAACAGAAAGUAGUAAGGUAGUUGAGGAAGACGAUGUGAACAACACAAGUUCUAUAACUCAAGAAAAGAAAAGUGAAGAAUAAACCGUAAAUGUUGUAGCUCAUCGAGUUUUUUUUUUUUCCCUCAAUAUAUCUGAUUUUAGAAUAAACAUUUUUAGUUGGGUGUUACUUGUGUUUAUUAUAAUAGAAUCAUAAAUGACUAACAGAAGUUAAUUAUAUCAUUAAA